GAAAGAUCACGUGGACACCGAAGCUCUAUCGGGCUUUACAAUGCAACGAUUGGCCAGCGCCCUUUGAGCGUCACUGCCAUUAGCGUGCUGAUUGGGUGGCUGUUGGACCUGUCAAUAACGGGCAAGAUGGCGGCCGCAGCAGUGCGGAACCUCGGGUCAAAGCUGAGCAAAAAUGUGAAGGAAAUCAGGAUCCACCUGUGCCAGAAAUCGGCAGCCAGCCAAGGCACCAGGUAUGGGCGAGCUGAGCGGACAGACCGACAGAGCCCGGGCUGGGACUGUGAGAACUAAUACAGCCUCCAGGGUCACCUUCCCUGCAGCCUGACAUUGCUCUAUCCAUCAUUGAAUGGGCACUGAUAGUCAAUACAGAGACACAGCCCCACGGGCUACACCCUCACUGGCACAGCUACCUCAUUCCAGGGCUCUGGUUAAAGGGACACUAUAGUCACCUGAACAACUUUAGCUUAAUGAAGCAGUUUUGGUGUAUAGAACAUUCCCCUGCAGCCUCACUGCUCAAUCCUCUGCCAUUUAGGAGUUAAAUCCCUUUGUUUAUGAACCCAAGUCACACCUCCCUGCAUGUGACUUGCACAGCCUUCCAUAAACACUUCCUGUAAAGUCAUCUAAUGUUUACACUUCCCUUUAUUACAAAUUUAAUUUAGAAUGCAGAGCAGGAGAUACAAACUUUUAACGUAAGUUAACAUCUGUUUGAAAGGAAAACCACAUUUUUUUUCUUGCAGGCUGUGAGUCACAGCCAGGGGCUGAAUAAACAGAAACGCUAUAUACACUAUAACUGAUUCAAUGGCUAGAUAUCCGCUUAUGGGCAGGGCCCUCUUUACCUUUUGUAUAUUGUACGUUCUCCAUUAAUCGCAAAGCGCUGUGGAAUUUGUUGGCGCUAAUAAAUACCAGUAAUAAAUUCCAGUAAUAAUUGUUUUGGUGACUAUAGUGGUCCUUUAACAUGUCACCCUCCCCAUAAAAUAUUUUAUAAAGAUAUAAUCUUUUUGAAAUACUCAUAUUGACUGUGUUGGAAUUUCACCCAGUGACAGCUGCAUGGAAACUAGUUUUUUAUUUUUCUGCUCCUUAAAAGGACACAGUAGACACCAGAACAACUACAGCUUAUUUGGUUGUUCUGGUAAGUAUAAUCAUUCCCUUCAGACUUUUUACAGUAAACACUGUCCUUUCAGAAAAAAGGCAGUGUUUACACCAAAGCCUAGGGAUACCUCCACUCGCCACUCCUCGGAUGGCUGCUAGAGGUGCUUCACGGGGCAGUGCUGUACUGACAUUUACUGAACUUUCAUCAUAGAGAUGCAUUGAUUCAAUGCAUCUUUAUGAUGAGCUGCUGAUUGACCUGGGCUGUGUUUGACUUGUGCUGGCUCUGCCCCGAUCUGCUUCCUUGGCAAUCUUAGCCAAUCCAAUGCUUUCCCGGCAAUCUUUCCCAUGGGCAGCUUUGUGAUUGGUGGAGAUCAACACUUCUGAUGAGGUCAGCAAAGCAGGCAGAUCAGGUGCAGAACUAGCAGCAGCUAGGAUACACUAUUUAGGGUGGAGAGAGGGUGUUUUGAACACUAUAGUGUCAGGAAUACAUGUUUGUGAUCCAGACCCUAUAGUGUUCCUUUAAGCUUCAGUGGGCGAGAGUACAGCAGUGCAGUCUAUAGAGGAUCCCGCAAGACCUGAACACUCACACUGUCAGGAGCAGAAGAGGAUGGAGGCACUCGCAAGGGCCAGAUUCAGGUAAGUAAAACUCAGCUGUGUCUGCAGGCCACUGGACUCCCAGCGAUAUGUCACAGUCCUCUUUUAAGUUACUUUAUUUAUGCAGCCCUACCCAUAACUUCUACACACACACACAGAACAUACGCUGAAACAUAAAAUGCACACUACUAUAGACACAGUCAUAUAAAUUAGCUCACACAGAUACACACUCUGACACAAAACAUUAAAAUGUUCUUUUUAGCCACACUUCUGUUUUCUUACUGUUACUGCAAGGGGUGGCAUCCCUGUACUUCAAACUUCCAGAGAACCGUGCUGCUUAGGAGUGAGGGUCAAAGGCAAUAAAAUGAGCCAGUUGAAGUUCCGUAAUGCAGUCCUGUUAGGUGAAUUAUUUGUCACUCUUUGACUGAACCGCAAGACUCAGAGUGCCCCUUUUAGUUGCAGUGCACUCUCUCCUGUCCCAUUUCAAAGCAUUCAUGCAGGCACAGUCUGCAACUGGAAUGAAGGAUAUAAAUUUGCCUUCCUAAAUAAUGCAAACUGUUUUAGUCUGGAUAGAGGUAACAUGCUGCCCCUUGCCAGGUGACAUCUAGGCCAUUUGUGGGCUGGCUUGCUUUGAUCACAGGUAACAUUAUGUAUCAGUAGUUGGGAUGUGCACCAUCUAUGCAACUUCCAUAACUGAAAAUCUUGAUACUCAAAUCCCAUAAUCUCCUGCUCAAUUCCUACCAUUCUAGUAGAUUCGUACUAGCCAGUAUUUUCCAUUUAAAUAAAUCGUCAAGAACACUCACCAACUGAAUGUAAGCUAGAUUUCACUUCCAUUUGCUCCUGAUAAUAAAUUUCAGAUGGCAAUACACUGUAUAUGUGCAAGUUGGGUAGGGCAUUUUUUUUUUUACAUUUAUGCCAGAGGGAGACAGGUUGGUUUACUAUCAGGGUUAUUUACAGAAGUGAGAAUUGUUGUGAAUUCAAAGGGCAUUUCAAAAGUUAAAGUAGUUGUACUGAAAACAUUCUCCAAUUUAGUUAAGCUCCCAGUUCUGAUUCACAAUGAGGCUCUCUACCUCUGUGAUCUCAACCAUUCCACUGCUUCUUCAAAAGUAAGCAUUGAGAGACUAAUGUGCAUGCUGUUUACCAGCUACACAAGGUAGUAAAAAGAAUUCAGAUGACAGUGUACAAGAUUAAGUAAUUAGGAAAUGAAGAAUAUGCAUUAUACAUACUGCAUGGCACACCUUUUCAUAAAUGACAGAAUUAUGUGUCCCUGAAAACAUGGUGGAUUAUGGGGACACUAAGCAGCAAAACAGUUUUGACUUAAAAGUGGUUUUGGUGUACAGACCAUGCCUUUGCAGAGUCAUUGCUCAAUUCUUGCCAUUUUAGAGUUAAAACACUUUGGUUAUGCUCUUCUAGCCGCACCCCUCCUGCUUGUAACCACGAGCGGCUCUCUGUUUAGGCGGCUGCCUAAGGCCUCGCAGCUGCCUAACCCGCCUGAGGGCAAACUGUGUUGGGUCCUCGGUCAGUGACAGAGAACCCGACACCAGGAGGGGCUUGGCGGCUUGCUCAGUAUGCCGUCAGGUGCUAGACCUCUCCUGGCUGCCUGGCCAGCCAUCAGAGACACCGGUCUGCAGACCAUGUGUCUCACCAAGAACUGGCCAAUCAGUGUUGCCAUGGGUUACCACGGAAACACUGACGGUUCUCGCAAGAUUCAUGGUCUGUAACUCUGCGGAGCUGCAGUAAUGCCCACCAGGGAAUAAAAAGUUAUUUCGUAGUAGUAACCUCCCUCACAAUCACCCUCCACCUCUCAAUAUCACCCCCCCCCCUCAUGUUUGUGUUCCUAACCACAUAGUGUUCCUUUGAUGGGUAUUUACUUUACAUUUGUCAUUAAAAUAAGAAUCUUGAAUUUCUGUUUUCUCCUUUUUAGAGAUUUUAUUGAAAAGCAUUAUGUAGAACUUAAGAAAGCCAACCCAGAGUUUCCGAUCUUGAUCAGAGAAUGUUCUGGUGUACAACCCAAAUUAUGGGCAAGAUAUGGUAAGUGUGUGUUUUAUUUUUUCUUCCUUCGUGGAGCUUUUACUAAAAGCCUGCCCUUGGGCUACACUUUGGCACUGUAGCUUUAAAGUACACUCCAAGCACCACAACCACUUCAGUUUACCAAGGUGCAGGGUGGUGUUAUGCAGCUUUACAAAAACAGUGAAAUCUGUACACAGAGUAAGUGAAUUUAAGAUGGAAGAAGAGCUGUACUUGGGGCAGUACAUUCCUUCCUGCUCGCUUUUUGUGCAUAGUGAACAGCAUUGUAUACCAAAAUUACUUUACUCCCAGCAACCUCUGCCUGCUUGAUGUGAAUAUGCAUAAGGAUUACUGAAAGUAACAGCCCUAGGCAGUCAGUGUUCAUCAUGUACACCAGGCUGCCUUCCACCUCCCACCAUUCACACAUGCGGCUCUCUGUGUAAGGAGAAAGAGGGGUAUGUGAGGUCAUCUCCAAUACCGGUCUCUAAUGCUUAACACAUAGCACUGACUAAACAGUUGAGGAAGAGACGUCUCACAUAAUGGCGGCCUAAUGUCUAUGUAUUUCCAAUGGCAUACUGUAAUCACGCAAUUUCCUUUGGCAGCAGACAUGCGUGCUCAGUUGUCACUACAUGGAGGGAUGCGAGCAAGAGAACAUGCAUUCGCAGGCUAGAGGUUUUUGCACUAGUACCCUAAUGGUUCCAUUCUGGAGACUAUCAGUGUGGUACAUGUCUGAGGUUUGAUGUCAUUGAUUGCAGUACAUAAGCUAGGAGGUAUUUAUAGAAUGAGGGAGGUGGGAGAGAUGAGGUAGGGUUAAGAUGCAAAGUGCUGCAAAAAAGGUCUUGCAUAAUCUAUGGAAAGAAUUACAGCUAAUUUGGUUAAGGUAUAAAAUGCAUAAAUUUAGUGUGUAACAACUGUAUAUUGCACUUGGCUGCACAUACACAUAUAGAAACAAAUAAUUGUUUUGCUUGUUGUUUUUAUGUCUGCAUUGGCCAGCUAAUUUACAUUUCUUUAAUUUACAUAUUAGUAUUCUUUUUUUACAUUUAACUUUUUUUCCCUGCAGAUUUUGGAAAAGAAGUAAAUGUACCACUCAGUAAUCUAAAUUCCGACCAAGUUGCAAAAGCCCUGGAAUCUGUUGCGAACCGUAAACCAUGAAGACAGAUCUUUUUGUUGGACAUUGUUGCACGAUGUGUGAAAAGUGCAGAAAUCUGGAAUCUUCCAUCUUUGAAAAGGAGCAUCUUUUGACUAAAUUGUUCAUCCUUCUCUACCCGAUACGCUAAAUAAAACCAUGGUGGAGUCUCGGCAUUUGUUCACUUUAUUUUAUUAGAAAAAUAUAAACUCUGUCUUAUUCAACAAACGGUAAUAAAAAAUGUCUGGUCAGUGUUCCUUCAUUGUUCAGUCUUCUACAUUAAUAAGUUUUAUUCCAUAGUUGAUUUAUUACUGUCUUCAUUCACCUAGAAUUAGAAACAGGGAAGUAUAAGUAAGUUGUCAUUUUUUUUGUGAUAGAAUAACCUAUCAGUGAAACUUCCAAAAAUAUACGUUUAGUUUGUGUCCCCACGUGUGGAACUGCUGUGCCUUUUUGCACUAAUUAGUGGUCUUUAGAAAGUGCCACUGAUACCAGUGGGAUGGAUAAUGUGCAUACAUGGCAUAUGUACCCAACAUGCGAUACUGUGCCUAUGACCAUACCCACCCAAUGCCUAACAGGUGCUUGAAACCUUUCCAAAUAUAUACAUACGGUCUCAUAGGAUUGUCUAUUGACCUAUGUUUUACUCUCAUGCAGCAUAAGUACAGUAGUGGCACAGAAACUAGAUAAUGGCACUUUUGAGGGAUUUACUUAAAUAUAUAUCUACCAUUAGUUUCACCCAUAGGAGUCUCCAAAAAUGAAAAUAUUUAAUAAAAAUGUACACAUGACAUCGCUUGGAAGAAAUGUCAUUUACAUGCAUUAAAAGCAUGUGCUCAACCAACCUGCAGAAAUAUUACUUUCCUACACUUAAAUGUAAAUACAAGUGAGAAUGGAAUUUAA